CGGGGGCGCGCUUCGCACGGCCCCGCCCACCUCCCUCAGCCCGGGUUGGAGCGCGCGCCUCCCGCAGUGAGUGAGAGUCGGGCGGGACGGACGCGUUGCACAGACGUGAAGAGGACGUGCACGGAUUGAGGCCCCUGCACGCGCACGCCGGGGAUUCAACGCGGGUGGGGACGAGCCGCUUGAGCGCACUCCCGCGGACUUUAGGAUAACUUUCACCAAGAGAUUGAGGCCUGGCGCCAUGCGGCCUCACUUCCUGCUCCUCUUCCUCUCAUCUGGCCUGGUGUUGUCCUCUGAAUGCCCGGCCGACUGCGUCUGCCGGGACCAGGACUCCGUCUUCUGCUUCCAUCGGCGCUCCAGCACCGUGCCCCGUGUCCCCGCCACCACCCGAGAACUCUUCAUCUUCCAGAGCAGCAUCAAUACGUUGACCCAAGAUGACUUCAAAGACCUGGUGGAAUUGGAGUUGCUGGAUCUGAGCCAGAAUGAGCUGGCAGAGAUUCCAGGCGGUGCGUUUGAGAUGCUGUCAAAGCUCAGGAACUUAGACCUGUCCUUCAACCGCAUUACGCACAUCUCCAAAGACAGUUUUUCCGGGUUGGUCCAGCUGGAGAGGCUGUAUCUCCAUGCCAACCUCAUUCAAAGCAUCCACUCAGAAGCUUUUGAAGGUUUUGAGAUGCUACUGGAACUUAAACUGCAAGGAAACCAGCUCACCUCUCUGCCAUCCCUUCGUCUCCCAAGACUUCUUCUUCUGGACCUCAGCUACAACAACAUCCCAACUCUGGGGCCCUCAGACCUUCAGACUCCCCACCUGGAGGCCCUUAAGGUGGCCUCACUGGGCCUCACUACUGUGAAUGAAGAUCUCAUAGCUUCUCUAGGGAACCUCCAUGAGCUCGACAUCUCCAAUAACCAGUUAAGUGAGCUGCCCCAGGCCCUGAAGCAUGACUCCCUCAAGGGGCUGACCAAGCUCAGCCUGGCUACCAACCCAUUGAGCGAGCUCCGUGUGGAGGACUUCCAAAGCCUGAGUGGGCUUCAAGAACUGGAUCUCAGUGGACUUAAUCUCCAGGGAUUUUCCCAAAGUUUCUUCCAGACCUUCCCAAGGUUGAUGCACCUGACUGCAGCUGAGAACCCAUUUAACUGCCUGUGUCCAUUAGCCUGGUUCCCUGUUUGGCUAAAGGAUAAGAACGUGGAUCUCGGGAGGCCUGAGGAAACCAGAUGUCACUUCCCCCUGGUCAAUGCCGGGAAAAUGCUUUCAGCACUUGAGCACAAAGACUUUGGGUGUCCGUCUAUCAGGACGGUGCUGACUGGCGUCCCCAUUGGCAGUACUAUAGCUCCACGGAUUCCAGCCACAUCUCCCGGGACCAUCCACACCAACGCUAUUCUUCCUCCUCCACCCAGUGAGGCCACAGCCUCCUCAAACACCCACGGCACCCUUUCACCAGAACCUCCAGUCUCCCAGAGCUCCACCAGCGGUGAGCACAUCUGCCCACUGAACAUCUGCCUCAAUGGGGGAACUUGUCAUUUUGAUCCGUCUGGUCAGCUCGGUUGCCUUUGUCCGUCGGGAACCUCUGGCCUCUACUGUGAAAAUGUGGACCAGGCUUCUGAGACCCCGAAGCCUUCAGCAGCAAAAGUUUUGCAGGCCGCCGCAAUGCCGGCUGAGCUCGAUGCCAUCAGUUCACGCCAGGUCACCUCCACUUCCAUCCUCCUCGAUCUGCACCGCUUCAUUGAGACGCGGCCGCACAUCCGUGGCAUCCGGUUGACUUACCGCAACCUCUCUGGGCCGGACCGCCGCCCCAUAAUCCUGAGUGUACCAGCAUCCUACCCAGAGUACACUUUGCGUGGGCUGAGACCCAACUGCACCUACUCGGUCUGCGCCAGCCCCCUGAGAGAGCGGGUCGCCCCGAGGGCCAACGGCUCUGCAGAGACGGGGUCGUGCACAGAGGCUCGCACCGAAGGGCCGCCGCUCUCGUCCUCGCAGCCCCGGGUGGAGACGCAGAGCCCGCUGACCUACACCCUCGUCCUGGCCGUGGCUGCGCUGGCGCUGGUGACGGGGUUGGCCGUGGUUGCCGGGGCGAUCGUCUGCGUUCGAAAGAGGAGGCAGUCCCGGGCGGAGCUGGAGCUGGAGCUGGACCCGGCGGGUCCCGACCCCGUGGGGCAGGAGGGGGUGAAGGCCUGUCUGGAGAACGGGGCGAAUGGGACGCUCUCCCACAAACAGCCGGAGAUCGACCACGGUCACAAUCCUCAGCCGCCCCAACGGAACGGGGGUUUGGACUAUGAACUACCCUUGAUGCAAAGACACUGCUCAUCAAAUAACAAUCUAGCGUCCUCAAAGCCAUCUUGUUUUUAAGAUGAAUAUAAAUAAACUGCAAAACCAUUUUAAAGUCGUUGAAGGCAGAUGGUCCUUCAGGAAAUUGUUCAUUGUUCAUCCUAAUAUCAGAUAUCCACAAUUGGAAAGGUGUCAUUUACGGUCCCUUUGGUUGAAAAAGAUACUUCAGACUGGAUCUUAAUGGGGAUUAAUCAGGAAGAAGUCCUCCAGCGACGUUGGUUGGGUGUGAAAACUAAACAAGUUAUUAAACUAAGUGCAGACAAGUGGGAGGGUCCACGGUCGUGGUCGUUGUGUUUGUGUCACAGGAACUUUGGGAGUACGGUGAAAUCGUUUUUGCUGGAUUAGGGAGGGACUGUCUGGAGUGAAAGGGCCCAUCGGUGUUUGGGCUACUGAAGAAGUGGGGAUCAUGAAGAGAACUCGCACCGACCCUCUUCCAGGGUCCCACGCUGACGAAGUUUGCAUGAAGAAAUGUCAGAACUCAAACGGUUUACUUUUCUGUUGAUAUUAUCUAAUCUGGAAUAAUUCUUCUCUCAUCACACGGAUGGACUGAUUUACGUUUCUUCGUCUUGUUGAAGGGUUGAUGUCGGGGGACCAUCGAGUGUUUUCUCCACCAGGAGGAACCACAGAUUCUUCACUCGAAGCCAAACCCAAAACUGUGUUCAAAGGACCUUUUCCUUUGGCUUUAGGCCGAGUGGUGAUCGGCUCCUCGGCCUCGGAUCACUGAUGUGCGUUUGGCUUGUUUACAGCGAGCCGGGCUGCGAAAUGCUCGCUGCACCAUUUGGAUUCAUUUGUUUGCCUCGUUUUUCACUUUUACUUCUUAUGUCUAGGAAAGAAUCUCAGCCAUGUGCCGUAGCAGCUGAGCGGAACCUUUAUAACAUCGUGUUGUGGGACAUUACGCACUGAAGUGUCCUUCCAGAAAGGGACGUGCGUCCACUCAGCAGUCGGAGGACGCGUUCCAUCUGUUGGUUCAGGUGUCCGUCUGCACUAGAACUCGACUGGCUUCAUUCUGUCAGUUCCACUACAAACAUGAGCGCUCGACGCUGGAGGCCGGAGAUGUUGAGAUAUCCGCACAGAGCGUCUCAACCUUCCCGGAUUAUUUAGGGGAGGCUUUGGGUUUUUAAUCUUAAUCUGUUGUUUUGUGUUUCUUUGUUCAUCAAUUACAGCUUUGUGUGUGUCUGUCAAUGAGCUGAGAAAAGACCAGUAUUAAAAAGACAAACCUGCUUUGGA